GGCGGGCGCGGCUCCCGCGGGGGCCCGGCCCGGCCCGGGAGUUCCUUGGCUGCCUUGUAAGGAGCGCGGCGGCCACAGCGCCCGGCGCCCUCCCCUGCUCCCCGCCCCGACGCUCCCCCGCUGCCGGCAGGGAAAGAAGGAGCCGGGAGCGGUCUGCCCGUCUCUAACUCUUCCCUUCUUUCCUCUUCUCCUUUCAGGAGCCCCCACCCCGCCUUGCCUCUCUCCUCCUCCUCCUGCUCUGCAAUCGGGGGAAUAAAUCAGGGAAGGACACACAGAGUGAGCGGGGAUCUGUUACAAAAGUAGCUCUGAUGGCGGCGGAUCAGAUGAAGCUGGAGCUGCUGCUGGAGUAGCAGAGAGUAGAGUAUCUCUCCCUCUCUCUUCUCUAUUUCUCUUCUUCCCUUCUCCACCCACAGAUCUCCAUCGUUUCUCCUCCUCCUUCCCACCCUCGGCAGCGCUCCCGCUUCUCUCCGCACAUCUCUGGGCUGCGCCUCCUGCGAGGGGGCGGGUGGGGGGGAGCGGAGGAGGCUUUAAAAAACAACAGGCCCCCCCCCCCCGCCACCAGCACACCACACACGAUAAUUGAAUUUAUUAUUAUUGCCGUCUCGCCGACUUGGGGAAGGGGGAUCGAUCUUCGAUCAGGAAGAUGGCUGCUGGCUGGCUGCUGGUCUUUAGCCUGACACUUUUCCACUCCCUGGUGAUGAACCACUCCUCGGAGGGACCUUUCCCCUCAGCUACCACGAUAAAAUCAUGGGUAGAUAAGAUGCAAGAAGAUCUCGUAACAUUAGCACGAACUGCAAGCGGAGUGGAACAGCUUGCUGCGAUUUAUUUGAAAAACAGAGAUUUGUAUACUGUAGAAGCCAACAACCCUCGUCAGCUCGUGGAAAUUGCAGCCAGAGACAUUGAAAAACUUCUGAGUAACAGGUCUAAAGCCUUGGUGCGCCUUGCUAAAGAAGCAGAGAAGUACCAAGCAUCACAUCAGUGGAGGGAUGAGUUUGGGAAUAAUGAUAUAAUCUAUUACAAUGCGAAAGACGAUCAGAAUGAUCCUGAAAAGAAUGACACUGAAUCUGGCAGCCAGAGAAUCAGACCAGUAUUUGAAGAAGAUCCUGUUUUCCGACGGCAAACAUCUUACCAACAUGCAGCAGUCCACAUACCAACAGAUAUUUAUGAAGGCUCAACGAUAGUGUUAAAUGAACUCAACUGGACUGCAGCAUUGGAUGAUGUAUUCAAGCGGAACAGAGAAGAAGACCCCACUUUAUUAUGGCAGAUUUUUGGUAGUGCAACUGGCCUCGCUAGGUAUUACCCAGCUUCCCCAUGGGUAGAUAAAAGUCGAACUCCAAACAAAAUAGAUCUGUAUGAUGUUCGUAGAAGACCAUGGUAUAUCCAAGGAGCUGCAUCUCCCAAAGACAUGCUUAUUUUAGUCGAUGCGAGCGGGAGUGUCAGUGGAUUGACGCUGAAGCUGAUCCGCACCUCAGUCAUUGAGAUGUUAGAGACCUUGUCUGACGAUGACUUUGUGAACGUGGUUUCAUUUAACAGUAAUGCUCAGAACGUCAGUUGCUUUAAUCAUCUUGUCCAAGCUAAUGUGAGGAACAAGAAGAAGCUGAAAGAAGCUGUCUAUAAAAUCUCUGCUAAAGGAAUCACAGAUUACAAAAAAGGCUUUAGCUAUGCAUUUGAACAGCUGCUAAAUCACAGUGUCUCUAGAGCUAACUGCAAUAAGAUUAUUAUGUUGUUUACGGAUGGUGGUGAAGAAAGAGCACAGGAAAUUUUCCAUAAAUACAAUGAAGACAAAAAAGUACGUGUGUUCACAUUUUCUGUUGGUCAGCAUAAUUAUGACAAAGGACCUAUACAGUGGAUGGCCUGUGAAAAUAAAGGUUAUUAUUAUGAAAUUCCGUCCAUUGGAGCCAUAAGAAUAAACACCCAGGAAUAUCUGGAUGUUUUGGGCAGACCAAUGGUUUUAGCUGGAGAGAAGGCCAAACAAGUCCAAUGGACAAAUGUCUAUCUGGAUGCUCUGGAGCUGGGGCUCGUGAUUACAGGAACCCUACCUGUCUUCAAUCUAACAAAGGAACAAAAUGGGAAAAUAAAUCAGCUGAUUCUUGGAGUAAUGGGGGUUGAUGUCUCUUUGGAGGACAUAAAAAAACUGACACCCCGAUUUACGCUUUGUCCAAACGGAUACUAUUUUGCAAUUGAUCCUAAUGGGUAUGUGCUACUUCAUCCAAAUCUCCAACCAAAGAAUCCUAAAUCCCAGGAGCCUGUUACACUGGAUUUUCUAGACGCUGAACUGGAAAAUGAUAUUAAAGUUGAGAUUCGGAAAAAAAUGAUAGAUGGAGAAAGUGGAGAAAAAACAUUUGAAACACUGGUCAAGUCCCAAGAUGAGAGAUACAUUGAUAAAGGAAACAGAACAUAUACAUGGACUGCUGUGAAUGGCACUGAUUACAGUUUGGCAUUGGUGUUACCAUCAUACAGCUUUUAUUAUAUUAAAGCCAAAAUAGAAGAACCAAUAACUCAAGCCAGAUUGGCAAUCAAAAAGGAUUCAGAAACACUGAAGCUUGAUAAUUUUGAUGAAGCUGGCUAUACAUUUAUAGCACCAAGAGAAUAUUGUAGUGAUGUAAAAAAAUCAGAAAACAACACUGAAUUUCUAUUAAAUUUCAAUGAAUUUAUUGACAGAAAUACUCCAAGCAGUCCAUCAUGUAAUACUGACAUGGUCAUUAGAGUUUUGCUGGAUGCAGGAUUUACAAAUGAACUUGCCCAAAAUUAUUGGAGUAAACUGUCUCUUGAUGGCGUUGUUGCACAAUUUGUUGUUACAGAUGGUGGAAUUACUAGAGUGUUCCCAAAAAGGGCAGGAGAAGAUUGGUUGGAAAAUGCUGAAACUUAUGAAGUCAGCUUCUAUAAACGGAGUUUAGAUAAUGACAACUAUAUUUUCACAGCUCCGUACUACAACAAAAGUGGUGCCAAUAGCUACGAAACAGGUAUUAUGGUAAGCAAGGCUGUGGAAAUAACAAUUAAUGGGAAGCUUCUGAAACCAGCAGUUGUUGGAAUAAAAAUUGAUGCAACCAGCUGGAUGGAAAAUUUCACAAAAACCACAAUCAAGAGCCUGUGCAACAGUGAAAUCUGUGGCUGUGAGAGAAACAGUAUGCAUGUGGACUGUGUUAUCCUUGACGAUGGUGGAUUUCUUUUGAUGUCAAAUCGGGAUGAAUAUACACAACAGAUUGGAAGAUUCUUUGGUGAAAUUGAUCCUGGCCUGAUGAGAAACCUGAUUAACAUGUCCCUGUAUGCCUUUAACAAGUCGUAUGACUAUCAAUCAGUCUGCGAUCCCGAAGAAGAACCAAAGCAAGGAGCUGGACUUCGUUCUGCUUAUGUGCCUACGAUAACAGAUAUUUUGCAUCUAGGAUGGUGGGCUUCAGCAGCUGCCUGGUCUAUCUUACAGCAGCUGUUUUUGAGCUUGACUUUUCCACGUUUCCUUGAAGCAGCUGAUAUGGAAGAUGAUGAUUUUGGUGCCGCCCUGCCUAAAACAAGCUGUAUCACUGAGCAAACUCAGUAUUUCUUUGAAAAUGAUGAUAAAUCCUUCGGUGGGAUUGUAGACUGUAUAAACUGCUCCAGACUUUAUCAUGCAGAGAAGAUUUCAAACACCAAUCUAGUAUUCAUUAUUAGUGACAGCCAACUGCUGUGCCGCUCCUGUGACCCAAAGCCACUGAUGCAAGCAGAGAAGCCGGAUGAAGGGCCAAAUCCUUGUGAAAUGGUCAAACAACCUAGGUAUAGAAAAGGUCCUGAUGUCUGUUUUGAUGAAGCCAAACAGGAAGAUUCGGCCGACUGUGGUGGUGUCUCUGGUCUGAGUCCAUCACUGUGGUCUAUGGUAGGAAUUCAGUUGGUCCUGCUUUGGCUGUUAUCUGGCAGCAGACACGACCAGUUAUGACCUUGCUAAACCAAAACCUGCAUAACUUAAUCAAGACCCGGCCAAAACGAUAGCCUCAGUUUCAUUUUAAAAGGGUCAGCUAUUCAGACAGCAGCAGAACAGCAGUGCUUGUGUCUGGUUAUCAGUCGGUGUGAGACUCAUAAAGGCACCCACGGUGGCUGCAUGUUGGAGUGUCAGAUCCUUAAACGUGUGUGAAUGCUGCAUCAUCUAUGCCAUUUAAACAGAAUUCUGUAUGUGCUCCAUUGGGGAAUCUAAGAUUAUUUUUUCCUUUUGUUUGUUUGUUGUUGUAAUCUUGAUGACUUCAUGUAAAAGGGCUCCCCUGAUAAUAGCUUAUGUACAUGAUUUUUAUUUCUUUUAAGCUUUGGAUAUCUUGAAGAUUUAUAUUCUUUUACAUGAACAGUUAUUUAAAAAAAAAAAAAAGAAAAAGAAGAAAGAAAACUUACUCCCCAAUCUGCACUACUAGCACCAUGGUGGCUGCUUUGAGUUUUGUCCAAAGUAGUUGAGUCAAAUUAAAAUACUGGCUAGCCGUCAGAAGUUCAGCAUGAUUUCAAUACUUUAUGGUGAGUGGUUUAUUCUUCCAAAUGAAUCAUGUAGCCAGCUAAGAUUUGUCAGGCUGAUAAAUUGUUAGUUUGAAGGAAGGAAGGAGGGAAACUUCUGUUUUUAAAAAUAUAGAGGUGCUUGAGAGUUUAACUAAAAUGUGAUUCUCAUCUUAAACUUGAUGUCAUUCUCUGUCGGAAAAAUGUUAAUUUCAAUGUAAUGUUCACCCUCUUUUCACAAUGCAGUUAUACAUAAAGCUAGUAGAAUUCUUCAAAGGCUCAAACAAAAAUGCUUGUGAAUAAAAACUGUCUUUGUGAUAUUUGAACGUUGGUUUCCAAGGGUAUUUUGCAUGAUGAUGAUGCUAUGUUAUUGUUUUUCAGUUUGUUUUCUUUGAUGGUAGAGUAUAGUCCAUUGAAAAGGUAAAUGAGUGAUUCUGUUAUUGUGUGAGAAACUGAACAUUGCAAUGUCUUGCAAUCAAGUCAUUAUAUUAUAAAACAGAGCUCUGAAUAUACUGUGUAAUGAAAAAGCUGAGAAGAUAGGGUAAAUUUAGCUAUCGUGACAAAAGGGUUGAGUUGGAUUUUUUAGAGAAUAGUGAUCUCACAUAAAAAUCUGUGUACAGAUAUUUUAAGUAUAUAAAAAUCAGAUUUAACACAUUUAUUUUUGGAAGUAUAUGUUCUCUAAGGUUCAUAUCAAGUUCCCCCUUUGUUUCCUUCAUAUAAAUACACCUAUAAUAUUAAAACUUCUGCUGUUGCUAUUUAUUAUUGAAAAUAGCAUAUUUAACAGCAAAAUGUCCUGGUUGCUGAGAUUAGAAAACAAACAAAUGGGGAGCCUUGAAUCUAUAUGUAUGCACAUUGAUACUUGAUUGUGAAUAAUAAUUUUAGAAGUUGUUUUUAUACAACCUCAUUGGUGAUACAGAUUGGUGCAGUAAAUUGCAAUAUUACAGUGUAGCAUAGUGUUGAUGCAAAAUAUGAUUUGUGCUUUUUUUCUAGUUUUCAGAACUAAACAGUAUUGCAAGACAGCUAAACCAAUGAAUGUGCAACUCUGCUGGUAUUGUACAAUUCUGCUAACAACUGCAAUAUGCAAAUAUUAACAUGGCACAAUACACUAGCUCUUUAAAAAAAUAAGAAAAUGCAAAGCAUUGGUAUGUAUGUGCUGGCAAUUGAUCGAUAUAAUUUUAAUCAUGCCAAAAGCUUAAAGAAAUAAUUGGGCAUGCGUUAGUAUCCUAUGAAAACUGAAAAAGCUACUGAAAGCCAUGGCAUGGCUUAAAGAUCAGAUGUCUACUCUAGUGGUACCCACGGCUGGUUCAUUGUUUUUCUCAUGUACUUUGGCUCCAGCUGUGUAUUUUCUUAUGUUUGGGAAUACAGCAAGUGAAAAAAAAAAAACCCUGACCUUUUGUUCAGUGAACAGAUUUAGCUUUUGAAGAAAAAAUAUCUCUAGUAAAGUCAUGGGGUUAAAAGGACAAUUAACUGUGUUGGAUGACUUCAGGUCCUCCUCAGGGAAGGUGAGCUAAUUUUGAUAAUAUGGAUAAUAAUAAUAAUAAUCUUGGAGCUCUUCAUUCCAGUCCUAUUACUGAACUUCUCUUCACCCUUUCACUGGUCACCAUCUCAUAAACAGGUAGUUUGAGUCUUUCUAGUGCUGAGACUGCAUCCUGUAAUUUUCCUUAACAUGGUCAAUAGAAAUUUUAUGGGAGGAACAAAUUUUGUAGGAUUAGGCCAAUGCUUACUACACUCAUAGCUUUUACUCUAAGAUUACUUAAAAUACACAUUAGUUUGCAUUUUGCUCUCUUAAUUUCUCAAGAGAUUGUCAGUAUGUUGUCCUGUAUAGUCUUCACUUAGCUUCCCAAAAGCAUGGAAAAGUUAUGUUAUUUAACACUUUGUAACAAAUUGCUUACACUGGUUGGCCAUAUUUUGAGUUACUUAAUAAAUAUUUGAUUAGAGCCUGUAGGUAGAAAGAUGGCACAAAUCUGUGCUGCCACAGAACACGACUGUGGCUUUUGCUCUCAUCCCACUUCCCUUAGAGUGUUCAAAUACAAAAGGAGGGAGAAGCUCGUGACAUGCAGAUACAUCAGUCUUCUUGGGUUAUCCAGAGAGGGAAAUGCCCUUUGUUCCUCUCCUCUGCUCCUCUGUAUGACCUGAAGAAACAUGUUUCUGUAUGAGUACUUAGCCUUCCAGCCGUUAUACCCAUCUGAUAGAAAGUUCAGGAUCUGGCCCUCCCAGAAGGGCUUAGUAUUUUCCCCACAGAACUCAAUUCUUUAAAAAGGAAAAAAUGACAUUUUGGCUUCUUUCUGCAGAAACCAAUAUAUAUUUUGAUUCUAUCCAAGUGACGGUCAAGAUUUUUUAAAAUGCACUGCCUAGAUAUCUGCAAAUUGCAAAACACAGAUGGAAAAUGCAAUGUGAACUCUAGCUAGCUCAAAAUGUGAAUAGCAGUCUGUUAGAAAAAACUUGCAUGAACAAAUACAUAUCCUCACACAGAAAAGUAUCCUUACUCUCACAUAAUGCAUAAUAGUCAUCUUCUCUUGUCUGUGAGAGAAGCAGCUUGAUCCUAGGCUUUAAAUUGAGACAUUUUCAAAUUACAAUAUGUUGUAAAAAGGGGCUUUUUUGUUUUAAAGCCAGAUAAAAAGGUCUGUUGAUAUCUGCUCAGAUCCUUUAAAUAGUACUAAGGGAACUGUUGGGACUGUUUCAGUUCAGAAGUCGUGCAGCCUAUUGUAUGUCUGACAACCACCAUUAACAUUUUUACAGCAUGGUACUCUGCAAAACAUGAUCUGAGGACCUAACAUGAAAGGUUUCUUUCUAGUUUUUCAUUUAAACAACCAGCAUUACUGCCAAAACACUGAUCGUGGUCCAUAUUUGUAACAGGUUUUUAACAUGACACAGCAGGUUUGAUUGACAAGAUUUUUAGGUCCUGUACCUUUAAGAUUUUAGUAUGAUCUUUUUCAUGUUUCUAAUGCUUGAGGCUUUACUGCUUGACUUGACAAAAAACGGUGUUGCUGCCAUUUGUAAGUUUUCCUGGACUAUUCCUUUUACUAACUUAAAAACUGGCCUUACUGGGUUCAAAUAGGCAGUAUCCCUUUUAAGUGACCUUUGCAACCCAAGUGUUACUUGCUGUGGUUCGGUAUCACUGAAGAGACAUGAAGACCUUUUGUUCCCAUUAACACUUACGCUCAGAAAAUGUGCUUAGUAUGUCUUAAUUUCAAAACACAACCUCAGUCCCACUGGUCCUAAAAAUUCAGUUGCUAGCACACUGGUUAUUAAGAAGUAUAUUAAUGCCUACAAGGCACUGCAAUGCAACUGGGGUGUUUUGGGAAUGUCAACUGAAGGUGAAAUCUUAAUAACUCCUUCCUUAGGAUAAGUUUUACCCUCACUCCAUCAGAUAUCCACGCCUUUAACAAAGGCCAGAUUUAUUAUGAUUUUUUUUCAUACCGCAAUGUUAAUAUUGUUAAUACUCAUUGUAAACUAUUGUAAAAAGAUUAAAACAAAGUGUCUGAAAGCAAUUCAAGAGUUUUGAAAAGUUAGCCUCACCCUCUUCCCAGCUACUUGCAUCUGUCCUGUUUAUGGUUUAAAAGAAAAACAUCAUCUUGAAGAAAUAAUUUCACUGAGGCUAAAGGGAUACUGUCUUGUUCAGAUGCCAUGAAUUGUGAUUGUGAUCUGACAAAGCUGUCUUCUCUUCUUGUGUUGUAUGGAACGUCUGGAUCAUGCUUUCUGGGAUAUUUUUAUUGAAAUGCUCAGUGUGCGUUUCUGCAAAAAGAGACUUGGUUGCUCUCCCAAGGCAGGCAGGUCUUUCUCCCUUUUCUUGUGUUCUCUUGACACUUUUGUGGAACUUGACAAGCCUGGAAAAAUAAUUUUUUUGUAAAAAUUUGUACAAUAAUGUUAUAAAAAGUUUAUAAUCCUAGAACUGUUGUGUUAAUUCUUGUGCAAAAACAGUAUAUUCAGAAUAAAAGUUUAUCAUUUAAAAUCAACAA